AUGAUCAAGCAAUUUUUUAACCACUAUUCUCUGCCCAACACUAGUGUUAUACCGGAGCACAACUACACGGCCAACAACUCGCAACUCCUACCGCCGGACGCCCUAUGGAUCAAAUUCAACGUACCGGUGGGCGACCACAAUGCCAUGACUCCGGCCCCAGUGGUGACCAACACCAGUGGCCCGACACCGGUGGGGCCCACCGGCACAUCAGUGGAGCGCUACUACGCCUAUGUGUUCAAAGGGGAGCUCAUCAACCGGUACGACGAGAAGGCCGACCGACAGAUCUCAGAGAAGGCCACCUUUGAUCCGGAGAUCUUCUUCAACAUAAUUCUACCGCCGAUUAUCUUCAACGCCGGCUAUUCAUUGAAGCGCAGGUUCUUCUUCAGAAAUCUCGGUGCGAUCAUGGCGUACGCGUUCAUCGGCACCACCAUAUCGUGUUUCAUCGUGGGCUCAAUAAUGCGUGUAUUGGUGUCACUAAUGCCGGAGACACUCAAAGAGUUUUCAUUCAACGAUUGCCUGUACUUCGGGGCCAUCAUAUCGGCCACCGAUCCCGUGACAGUGUUGGCCAUAUUCAACGACCUGCACGUCGACGUCACGCUCUAUGCGCUCGUGUUUGGCGAGUCUAUACUCAACGACGCCAUCGCCAUAACACUCGCCGGCAGUAUUGACUCGUUUGCCAAACAUUAUAACUUGGGUUUUGUGGCCGCAGUGUUCCGGGCGUUUGGCAACUUUGUGUAUAUUUUUGUGCUGAGCUUUUUGCAGGGCUCGUUCAUUGGGUGCGCCACAGCCCUGUUGACCAAGUUUACCAAGUUGUGCGAUUUCCCACUGUUGGAGAGCUCGCUGUUUGUGCUCAUGUCGUACUCGACGUUCCUCAUGGCCGAGGCUCUCGAGCUUUCAGGCAUUGUGGCCGUCCUAUUCUGUGGCAUAUGUCAGGCGCACUACACGUUCAACAACUUAUCGGACGAGUCCCGGUCGCGAACCAAAUCGAUAUUUGAGCUGUGCAAUUUUAUAGCCGAAAAUUUCAUAUUCACCUACAUCGGUGUCUCGAUGUUCACAUUCCCGCGCCAUCUCUGGUCAUUUUGGUUCAUUAUAUUCGCUUUCCUGGCCAUAGCGGCCGGUCGGGCCCUAAACGUGUACCCCCUGUCCAUUAUAUUGAACUUUGGCCGACAAAACAAGAUACCUAUUAAUUUCCAACACGUCCUCUUCUUCAGCGGACUGAGGGGUGCGAUGGCGUUCGCGUUGGCCAUACGUAACACCAUAACAGAGCCGCGCCGACUGAUGCUGACGAGCACAUCGCUCAUCUCGAUCGUAACGGUCAUCGUAUGCGGCGGCUGUACGCCAGCGCUGUUGCAACAGCUCCGGGUGCCGGUGGGCGUGGAGGAGGCCGAACACGAGAUGCUACAGUUCUCGGGCGUACGCCGAUCCGGGUCAGCGCAGACGCCCCAAGACCUGCGCUCGCCGAGUAUUACGGGCGGUCAGGACGGGCCCACUCGCAGCGCCUACGAGAAGGCAUGGCUGGUCCGCAAGUGGUAUAACUUUGACGUAAGGUUUAUGAAACCACUGCUCACACAUUCCCGGCCAUCGCUUAUGGACACCCUUCCCGACUGUUGCCUACCGUUGGCCCGAUUGUUGACAACUACUCAACAGAUGAGCGCUGAUGAGUAUCACCGGAGGGACGACGAGGAUAGCGAUGACGAUCUGGUCCUACAGCCCGCCGGUGGGGGCGGAGGCGCCGGGGUUGGGGGACUACAGGAGUCCAACUUUUCGCGCACCAACUCUACGGACUAUCAGUCGACUGAGGAGUAUAGCCGGGAUACGGGUGCCUAUCUGACCAACUCUGUGAUCGCCACCACCGGCAACAAUGGCUACAACACUAGCAGAGGUGGAGCCGCGGAUAGUGGCCGACCGGCG